GUAAUCACGGGAGUUGGAUGGGUCUGAAGCUUGUUUAAAUUAGUGACUUAGCUAGGACCAGAAUUUAGCGCGUAGAAUUGCCUCGUGUUAACUGACUGGGGGAAUGUCUCGAAGCAAGCCCAAGAAGACAAGGAAGUUGCGUGGACAUGUAAGUCAUGGUCAUGGGCGAGUCGGAAAGCACCGUAAACAUCCUGGUGGUCGAGGUAAUGCAGGUCUUGAGCAUCACCAUCGGAUCAAUAUGGACAAGUACCACCCAGGAUACAUUGGCAAGGUUGGCAUGCGACAUUUCCACUUGAAAAGAAAUCCUUACUACUGCCCAACCAUAAACUUGGAUAGACUGUGGUCUCUAGUGUCUCAAUCCACCUAUGAGAAGUAUAAAGAUUCAGCUGAUGGCAAAGCACCAGUAAUCGACUGUCUGCGUAAAGCCAUACACAGAGGAACUCAUGUUUACGCAUUCGUAAAUGUACCAGUUGGACGUAGUAAAGAAGUGGCCAUUGCAAAGUUAUCGCAUUUAUUUGACGGUGAAAAUAUCAAAAAGCCGGCAUUCAGUCAUACAGUGUGGGAUGACUCGUUUAAAGACGUUGUUACGUCGUUUAUUCACGGAUAAAGGCAACAGGAAUCAAUAAGAACACGCCUAACCUGUACGUUGAAAUUGUUACAUUCAACCAUGCAUCUAACCAGUUAAUGCUUCCAUGUCCAUCCAG